ACCAAUAUGACACUACUGGCACGACGUAUCCGCUCCACGUGAAUUCUCCAACAGCCUUGCUCAUACAAGGAAAAGUCCAGGCUGUUUGAGCAAUACCUGUGAUUAUUUUGCCAGGCUUGCUGGCCUGUGUCAGGCAGCAUGUCGUCCCUCGAGGCCAAGAUUGUCGUCCUCGGCGCCCAGGGCGUUGGCAAGACAUCUCUUCUCACACGAUACUGCAAGGGCUCUUUCAACCCCGCGCAGACGACUUCGACCGUUGGCGCGAGUUUCAUGGCCAAGCGUGUCGUCGACACCGAUACCGACACUGUUGUGCGCCUCCAGAUCUGGGAUACAGCUGGCCAAGAGCGAUUUCGGUCGAUAUCACGACUCUACUACCGCGGCGCCAACGCCUGCAUUCUAUGCUAUAGCAUAACCGAUGCCCAGUCAUUCACAGAGAUGGGAGUAUGGCUCCAGGAGUUGAGGCGGAAUCUCCCUCCCGACAUCGUACUCCACGUGGUCGGCACCAAGGCAGACAUUGUCGCUCGCGAUCCGACACGCCGAGAAGUUCCAUUUGAGCGGUGCAUUGCGUAUGCCGCCGAGAACCUCGCGCCCGGCCAGGCGUCGACACCUCCAGCAACCGCGACGGCAGUCGGGCACCACAGCCUGUUUUCCGGCCUGGCUGCGAUCGGGCAGUCUGGGAUGGGCUCUGGCGUUACCUCGGCCGCCCCAGAACCUCGUAGUCCGAGUAGCAAGAGGAGCAGCGGCUUCUGGGGCAUGGAGGUUGGUUGGGAUGCGUGCCACGAGAUCAGUGCCGAAACGGGCGAGGGCGUCGAGGAGGUGUUUCGCGUGGUGACACGCAAGCUGGUCGAGCAGAACCGCAAAAUGCAGGCCGAGCUUCUUGCUGCCACCGCGACACCUGGCCUGACACCGGCCGGAGACUAUGGCAGUAUGGAAGGCGGCGGCUACUUCGAUGCCGUCAACAACCCCCGAGGUAGCUUCCGCGUCGGCAGAGAUCGAAGAAGCUGGCUGUUCUCGCCAGCAUUUUCGCCUGCGAUACCGAUAGACAACGCCCGCACGGGGCAGAAUCACCAGCAGGGUCAACUACAGAACGGUCACUACCAGCAAGAUAAUAACCCGAAGGACAAAGGCCGAUGUUGUUGAGGUUGGACUGAGUUGACGCGGACGGGCCCUUGCAGAGGGGAUGGACGGAUAGGUCACAACACGGCCGAGCGCUUCUCGGGUCAGCGUCGGACGAGCCGCAGUGGCAUCCGAGCAAGGGGAUCAGGUUGAUCGUAUAUGGGCUGGCGGCAUCUCAGUAUCAAGCAUACGCAUAAG